AUGGAGAUAAUGAGACGCGGUCGAGUUAUUUUAGAAAGGAGAUCGCUCCCCUACUUGUCUUCGACCUCUGUCGGUGUAGCUUCCCUUGCAAAUCCUCGACCCCGUCUUCCUCGCCGAGCCUCAUCUACUAUCCGACUUGCCCCCUUCGCUCAUCCCACUUGUCCUAGGACUGCACGCCCAUCCUGGCCUACCGCCCCUGUUCGUCCCAGGGCCUCGCCUACUGCUCGGCCCUUCACCCCGACGCCCCUUCAGUCAAUUGAUCCUCUCCGACCGACCUACAGCCCUAGUUGUGGCCGCGGUGGCAGAUUGGCCAACGUCCCCUAUGCCAACCCUGCCUUCAGAGAAGCUUCUCAGGCAGCUCGUCAGGCCCAUUCUGUAAAUGACCGCUCGGGUCGUGAUGCCCCCUCUUCUUCUCAACGCAGGGUUCGGCUACCUUCAGAAGAUUUUGACUCGGAUGACCAGCCCUUGGCUCAGAGACUUCGCUGUAGAGCCCCCGAUCCUAGCCAAGAUUCGGGCCCUUCCACUAUUCCUCCUCUGCCUCCUGUUACAAACCCGACUCCUGUCCCGAGCCAAGCAGAUGCUUCCCCUGCUCUGCCCAAGGUUCAAGUCGAGCCUCCGUUAGCUCAACCUUUCACUUCGCAACAACAUCAGAGUACUAAGGCCGGCCCCUCGCAUCGCCCUUCACCAACUACCUCACCUCCUGAGCCCUCUCCUGUGCCCCCUUCAGCUCCUUCUGGGUUAGCUGCUGGGCCCUCUGGCUCAGUGGCUGGGCCUUCCCAACCACCACCACCUGUUCCUCUCUAUUAUCGUACCACUGCUCCUUCUGAGGCUGGGUUACAUUCACUUCAAGAUGUUCCCACCAGCUCCUUAACAAUGAAAGGUUGUUUGGCUACCUUAUGGGAAGAAAGCAUGCAUCAGAUGGAACUCUUGUCACCCCAUGCCCAGAUGGAUAGAUUCUCUGAGCUGUAUAUCAAGGUGCUGCGGGACAUGGUAACUGAACUGGAGCUCCAAUUAACUAACCCGACGCAGGCUAGUCAUGCCCUGAGAGCCGAAAUAAAGGAUCUGACCAAAAGGAAGAACCAUUUGGAAGUAUCCCUGGCUCACACUAACCAUAAGCUUAAGGAUCUUCAAGAAGAAAAAAGCCAGGUUGAUGUUGUGCACCAGCAACGCAUGGACCAACAAGCUUUAGAGCAUCAGCGAGCUAUUGAUCAAUUGCCCAGAAGCUGA